AUGAUUAAAAAAUCUUUUAAAUAUGUUGCCAUAAUUCGAGAAAUGGUCGAUCAUGACAAUCUUGAAGAAAGCUCUGCUAUCAUUGUGACAGCUAUUCUAUAAUAAUAAAAUGGCAUCGUUGGAUUAGUUCUCUCCAGACUAUUCCAUCCUCAUCGAAUUUAUUAUAUGGUGCUUGGCUUUCUCAGUGAAUCUUUAUCCAGCUAGUUCAGCGCAUAGCUGAGAUUCCGACCCUCGAAUUUUAGUGGGGAAUUAAAUUUAUUUCGCCUUCUACUCUCAAGGAGGGAGAACUUUAGGCCAAAGACACGCAGGAGGUAGGUAAUGACAAGAGGAGCUUCUCGUGAAGAUUAUCUGUUAAAAACGGAUUAGUAUUUCGAUAGAAUAUUUCGAAUGGCGUAAUGAGACGCGGAAAUGGCCCGUGAUUUAAUCAGUUUAUCAUUAAAAUGUUGGCAUAGGCAUGACUUAAACACCUUAUUGUAGAAAAAAAAGCACGUAAAAUCUAAGUUAACAAGUAAGAGACAGCUAUUGCAUUAUUAAUAGCAUCAAUCGUUGUUUUCUAUCAAAUUCAUAUUUUCAGAGUAAAUCUCAAGUAUAAACAAGCCCAAAUUCGCUGCAUAGCAAUUUUUAUGAGCCCUGUUGUGAUUGGCUGAGCAUCAUGGGCUUGCUUCUUUUCAGGUGAAGAAAUAAGAUUUAUCCAAGUAUUAAUUCAAUUGGUCAAAGGAGCUGCGUUGUUUCUCUUUAUGCAAUAUGUGGAGACGCUACUUGGAUGGACAGAUUCAGACGGAGUAAAUAGUUUUUCUAGUGAUAUCUUAGAAAAAGUUUUAAUGAACCAACAUCAAGCAAAAUGUUGCUUUGGCUGUAUAAAACCUUAUCCUUUGGCAACUCAAAACCAAGUUAAAAAGUAUAUGCGAAAAAUGAAAAUCGGAGUUUUUCAAUUCAUUGCAGUAAUGAUAGUGACAGCUUUAAUAGCAAUAAUUAUCAUUGGAAGCAACUAUGAUGAUUAUAUAGAAGGAGACGUUUACGAUACAUCUUCGUGACUGUGGAUGUCCCUUUGUAGGUCAAUUAGCUCAAUGUUUGCCCUUAUUCUCUCGCUUAAAAGGGUUUUUUUUAAAAAUAAUUUUAUAAAAUUUUUCAAAACUACAAAAAAUAAAAUUCAGUGUGGUAAUUAAAUAUCGCAUCUUGGCAAGGACAUGGCCUCCGGCUAUGAAGCCUCAAGCACAUAUUUAAUUAUACCCAUCAAAGUUUUGCCAGCCCAGAUAUGGGUAGCAACGCUAGGUAAAGAACUCCAGUAGCGUUCGAAGCCUAGCCCAAGUCGUUUUUCAGGAUCGGAUUUUUUUUCUUCUUUAUAAAAUUUUUCUACUAAUAAAUAUAUUUUUCCAAAUUUAAAAUUAAAUACCCAAAAAAUUGAAUUUUACCAAUAUUUUGUUUUAAUUUUAAGGGCGUAAAGUUAUUUAUUUAUUUAAUUUCGCUUUCUUUGUAGAAAAGGUACCAGAAAUGAGAGAUUUUAAGAUCAAAUUAAAAUUCUUUAUUGUGAAAUUGACAUUGAUAAUCACGGAAUUUCAACCUCUUAUUGUAGGACUUUUUGCAAGAUUAAACUUAAUCGCUAGCACUGGGAAAUACUCUGUAUCCGAAAUUACUGAUUAUACAAAUGCAAUGCUGAUGUGCUCAGAAAUGAUUGUAGUAAGCUUUCUGCAACUGCUGGUAUACCCAUUAACAGACUAUGAUGGUUUGCCUUCACAUAAAAGAGCUUGGAAAUCUAAUAGUAUUCAUAAUGGAGACAUUGAAGUUUAA